AUGCAGCGCCGAUGUCCUACUGUUCUCUAUUUGCCCGACGCUGGCACGUCCGCGAUCCGGUUGGCUGUGAGCGAGAUUAACGCGAACCAAUUGAUUCCGGGCGCGUACAUAACCUUGGUUCUCAAGGACUCGUUCAAUGGCCAUGAUCCCGAAAACUCUGGCGCUGCUCAGGCCAUUUUCUCGGCGGUGUCCCUGGUCCAGUCUCUGGCGGGCGUCUCGGGGGUUAUUGGCGACGUGAGCAGUGCUCUCACUGUCCAGUCUGCCCUGCUGACAAGUCGUCUCUCCAUCCCUCAAUGUUCUUACUCUGCAGGAUCUACACAACUGUCAGACAAGGAACAGUAUGGUUACUUUUUCAGAACAAUUCCCACCGAGUUGAUGUAUGGUCGAGUGAUGAUGGAUUUUGUUGCUAGUCGCGGGUGGAAGACCAUCGCCGUCUUUUAUGCAGGCGAUUCUCUUGGAUCCCAAAUGAUGGAUACGAUUGCGAAGCAGGCAUUGAUGAGGAACAUCACCAUCGGAUACCGAAAGGCAGUGAUGGAAAUGGGCGCAGGCUCAACAUUGGAUGUAGGCCCCGCAGUGGAUGCUCUCGAAGCGUCUGGUCAGCGCAUCGUUAUUGUCGCGUCUGCAGGAGACCCGCAGACCAAACUCAUCCAGGAGGCUGUCAAGCGGGGACUGGUCUCGAAGGAAUAUGUAUGGAUUGUUGUCAAUGAGGUGACGGAGCCUCUGUUUGAUGACAAUUCGACCUUUAUGCCAACUGAGCUGAACGGCUUCUUUAUGUUUGACAACCUUCUCAAGUUGCAUGGAUACCGUCCUUAUGAAGAGUGGCUGGACAAGUGGGCUGCCCUUGACCCCGCAGACUACCCAUAUGCAGGACAACGCGACAUCUCCAGUAACGAAGUGCAAGCUUACUCGUGCAUGAUGGUGAUGGCCAAUGCGUUUGCAAAGGCCGUAGGAAGCAACUUGACAACCCUUCACCUUCUUGAAGCAGGACGUCUGGGCAACCAGCUGAAGCCCCUCGGAAUGAACACCAACUACACUGGACCCGGAGGCCCUAUGGUCUUUGACGAAGACGGCGACGUUGUCUAUGGAAAUUUCAUCCUGAGUAACUUCCAGCACGGCAAAAUCGUGCCCAUCGGAACGUAUUACUCGGGCAUGUUCAACCUGUCGUCGGAGCCUAUGUACUUUGAUGGGACCUACAACACCCCGGCUGACUCGGCGCCACUGCAGGUCCUGAACCCAAGGUUUGGAUCGUCCAUCGGUAUGGUUGUGAUCUCGGUGGCUAGUCUCAGCAUCCUCUUCUCGCUCUUGACCAUGUUGCUCGUCAUUGUCUACCGAAACGCCAAGGUCAUCAAGGCUUCGAGCCCGCUGUUCUGUUGUCUGGAGUUGUGCGGGUUCAUUUUGCUUUAUAUCGCGACAGUGAUGGGUCUGGAUAUCCCGACAAAAUUCACGUGCAUGGCAAGACCCUUGGUGCUCGAUGUUGGCUUUGUGCUGGUCGUGAGCAACAUUGUCGCUAAGAAUUUCCGCAUCUACAGGAUCUUUCACAACAUUUAUGUCACCAAACGUGUCAUCCGCGACUCUCAUCUCCUCAAGAUUGUUGGUACCAUCCUCUUUAGCAACUUGGUGAUUAUGGCGGCAUGGUUUAUCAAGUACCCUCCAGCCCUUAGGCAGAUUGUCUUGCGGGAUUUCACAAGUUACUGGUCCUGCAAUAACAUGGAUGGCAGCAAUAGCACAGCCUUCUUUGCAGUUCUGUUGGCCUACAAUGCCGCCUUGCUCCUGAUCGCCACCUACUUAGCCUACAAGAACAGAAACGUCGCCGCCAACUACAACGAGUGCCGUCAAAUCGCCUUUGUCGUUUACAACAUUCUCCUGGCUGGCUGCUUGGCCAUGCCAACAGUGUUCCUGCCUGACGAACAGUUUCUGAUCAAGUUCUACCUGUCGACGGUGGUGAUCCUGUUCGGCACGACAUUCUCGCUCAUGUUCUUGUUCUUGCCUAAGCUCUGGGAGUUGUUCACACAGAUCGAGCGGUCUCAGCAGCGACUGGGAGGAGUCGGAGUCGGCGUUGGUGGCGGUGGCGGUGGCGGUGAGGGAGAUGGAUCAGCCAGUAACAGCAUUGAUGGGUUCAUCUACAACGGCAACGGUGGAUGGGCCAACAGUAGUGGCAACCUCGCAGUUCUGGCUCAGGGCUCGGCUACCGCCGCCGCUGCCGCUUCAGUUGGAUCAGGAAUUUCUGGGUCGGUGAAUGAAGGGUCACAGUAUCUGUCGGGUAGGAAAGGUAGUAUUGGGACUUUGGAUGAAUCCAAGGGUGAGACGUCGAAGGAGACGCAUAUGGGGUACAUGGGAGUCAAGUUCCAGAAUCGGUGGGUGCCCUUUUUAUCGAGUUGGUGUAUGCGACGCGUGAUUCUUUAUCCUGCGGGUCGCUACUUUACCUGCUUUGAACUCGGCAAACCAGAGACAGGAAAGACAUACACCUACGUGUCCGUGUUCAUCCAUUCCCGCGAACGCGGAUCGUACAUCCUCCGAGUCAUCGGCUGCAGUCGAUUCGACUUCCUGUUCCAAGUUCGUGAUGAAGAGCGCCUACUCUACUGGUACAGUUUGUUUGACAACAACCGCCAACCACCACCGUCCAACCACUGGUCUGCGAGUACGAAUGGGGACGGUGGAGUGAUGAUGCCCUUGGGUAACCUAUCGAUGAACAAUUUGUCGUUAAUGAACGGUCUCAGUCUCGCACCACCGCCUUCUCACCAGGGAGGAGGGCAACAGAAGCAAGGACUUGGAUCUGGAGUUAAUCCUCGGAGCGAGAGCGAUCAGACACUGUAUGGCGAUGUGUCGUUGUCUCACUACAGCAACAGCGGUAUCAGCAGUAGCAAUAACAACGGCAUGGAUGACUCGAUGGGGUUCAGUCAGGUGUCGAGCAACUAUUUCAAUUCGAUUCUGAACUCACCACAGGCACAACAGCAACCAUAUCAGUCGUAUCAGCAACAUUAUCAAGCGCCGAGUCUGACGAGUCUUGGUGGACAGGGAGGUACGGGUGAGGUCAUUGAGCGGAGUACAAAUGCUGUUGAGCAGCAAGAGCGUCAGCAGGGAGUAGGAGAGUCGCAGUCGUUGAGAAGUCAGCAGAGACGCAAGGAGCGUGUUGCCUUUGACAAAAUUACGGCCAGAAUCGUCAAGCUCUGCUAUGGUCUCGAUAUGAACUUUGUCGACCCCGUCCAGGUCACCCAGAAGGUUAUCUCGGGUGUGUACCAGGGAGUCAGCACCGUUGAGCUCGAUAACUUGGCUGCUGAGACUGCCGCUUACAUGACAACCAAGCACCCCGACUAUGCCAUCCUCGCUGCCCGUAUCGCCGUCUCGAACGUCCACAAGGAGACCAAGAAGGUCUUCUCCCAGGUCAUCGAGGAUCUCUACACCUACAUCAACCCCAAGACCGAGAAGAACGCCUCCAUGAUCUCCGAGUCGACCUACAACAGCGUCAUGAAGAACGUCGAUCGCCUCAACUCAGCCAUCAUCUACGACCGCGACUUCAACUACAACUACUUUGGCUUCAAGACCCUCGAGCGCUCCUACCUCCUCCGCAUCGACGGCAAAGUUGCCGAGAGACCCCAGCACAUGCUCAUGCGUGUCUCUGUCGGCAUCCACGGUGACGACGUCGAGAAGGCCAUCGAAACCUACAACUACAUGUCCGAGAAGUUCUUCACUCACGCCUCGCCCACCCUCUUCAACGCCGGUACCCCUCGUCCUCAAAUGUCGUCCUGCUUCUUGUUGACCAUGAAAGAUGAUUCGAUCGAGGGUAUCUACGACACCUUGAAGACCUGCGCCAUGAUCUCCAAGACUGCCGGAGGAAUCGGUCUCAACAUCCACAACAUUCGCGCCUCGGGAUCUUAUAUUGCUGGAACCAACGGAUACUCGAACGGUUUGAUCCCUAUGCUCCGUGUCUACAACAACACUGCCCGCUAUGUCGACCAGGGAGGCAACAAGCGUCCCGGUGCCUUUGCCAUGUACUUGGAGCCCUGGCACGCCGAUGUUUUCGAGUUUUUGGAUCUUCGCAAGAACACUGGAAAGGAGGAGUCCCGUGCCCGUGAUCUGUUCUACGCCCUCUGGAUCCCCGACUUGUUCAUGAAGCGCAUCGAAGACAACGGCGACUGGUCAUUGUUCUGCCCUGCCGAGGCCCCCGGUCUUCAGGAUGUCUGGGGUGAUGAGUUUGAGACUCUUUACCACCGCUACGAGAAGGAGGGUCGUGCUCGCAAGACCAUCAAGGCCCAGAAGCUUUGGUAUGCUAUCUUGGAGGCCCAGACCGAGACCGGUACCCCCUACAUGCUCUACAAGGAUGCCUGCAACCGCAAGUCAAACCAGCAAAACCUCGGAACCAUCAAGUGCAGUAACUUGUGCACUGAGAUUGUCGAGUACUCGAGCCCUGACGAGGUCGCUGUCUGCAAUUUGGCCAGUAUCGCUCUGCCUACCUUCGUCGCCAACCAGACCUACGACUUCAAGUUGCUCCACAAGAUUACCAAGGUCGUCACCCGCAACUUGAACAAGAUUAUCGACGAGAACUACUACCCCGUCCCCGAGGCUGAGAAGUCUAACAAGCGUCACCGUCCCGUUGGUGUUGGUGUACAGGGUCUUGCUGAUGCCUUUAUCAAGAUGCGCAUGCCCUUUGACUCGCCCGAGGCCCGUCAAUUGAACCUUGAGAUCUUUGAGACCAUCUACCACGCUGCCCUGGAGGCCUCGUGCGAGUUGGCCCAGGAGGAAGGUACCUAUGAGACGUAUGUGGGAUCGCCUGUUUCCAAGGGUGUCUUGCAGCCCGAUAUGUGGGGCGUUACCCCUACUGACCUCUGGGACUGGGACACUCUCCGCGCCAACAUUGCCAAGCACGGAGUCCGCAACUCGCUCCUUGUUGCUCCCAUGCCUACUGCUUCUACCUCACAGAUUCUUGGAUUCAACGAGUGCUUCGAGCCUUAUACCUCUAAUAUUUACACUCGUCGUGUUCUUGCUGGCGAGUUCCAGAUUGUCAACCCCUGGAUGCUCAAGGAUCUUGUCGAGAUGGGAUUGUGGAACGACCAGCUCAAGAACCGUAUUAUUUCCGAGAACGGAUCUAUCCAGCGUAUCCCCUCUAUCCCUGAUGAUCUCAAGGCCCUUUAUAAAACCACCUGGGAGAUUUCUCAGAAGGUUGUGAUUGAUUUGGCAGCUGACCGUGGAGCGUUUAUCGAUCAAUCUCAGUCGAUGAACAUCCACAUGGCGGAUGUCAACUACGGCAAGCUCACAUCGAUGGCGUUCUAUGGCUGGAAGCGUGGUCUCAAGACUGGCAUGUACUACCUCCGUUCGCGCCCCGCUGUGGAUGCUAUCAAGUUCACUGUUGACCAAUUGUCGAUCAACAAGGAGAAUGAGAAGGAGGCCAACGAGGCAGCGAUGAUGUGUUCUAUCGAUAACAAGGACGCUUGCAUGAGCUGCAGUGGAUAA